UCGUACUCAUUCCUCUGGUUAUACGACUCCUCAACUGAACGCAUAUUACCGAACUCAGAACGAACACUCGUCUCACUUGAUGGUACUCUCUACUUUUCCUACGUGACCAAGAAUGAUGAAACAAGCUACGCCUGCUCGCUCUCAUUGCCCUACACCCAGUCUGGCCACUAUGGACCAUUUUUUCGGCUUCACGUUCCAGUCUCGCAGACGACGUUCGCUCCCAGACUUGACACCACGCAACCACAAAUUUUUCCUGAAUCGCCUUCUGUCGGAUCUACUAUCUACCUAGAGUGCUUUGCUUAUGGAAAUCCUGUUCCAACCUAUAAGUGGAGUCGUGUUGAUGGAAAAACUCUGAAUAAGAUAUCUCUGUUGAUGCAUCAUGGCCGAGUACUACGAAUAGAUUCCGUUGAAUUGAGCGAUAUAGGACGAUACAGGUGUUCAGCUGCAAAUUCACUUGGAGUAGCAGCUAAGGAAGUCACGCUCACUCUUAGAUCUGCUCCCACUAUUGUUAUUCCGUUGUCCGACCGGCAUGUGGCCACCGAUUCGGACUUGAUUCUUGAAUGUCCUUUGUCGACAACAGAUCAACACUCAUCUAUUGAAUGGUUCAAGGCUCGUUGUAAAUUCGACUUCCACAUCCGACUCUGGAUGAGUAACGAGGUGGGCGUGGCAUCAUCGUCGGCCUACGUACUCGUCCGGGACUCGGCGCCAAUUUUCCUACGUCAAUCCAUGCCGCGAAAAAUCUUCGCAGUUAAUGGAAGUUUAUUGUCGAUUCCUUGCUUCUAUCACGCCUCUCCCAGAGGACAUAGUCGGUGGGCGGACGCAGGUGGGGCUAAAUUGCCGCAUAAGGGACGAGUUCGUGAUCGACACGGUGUGCUUAUCAUCGAGAACGUAUUACAUGAUGAUGCUGGGUAUUUCUUUUGUACUGCACAUAAUCGACUCGGCAAAGCGCAUUCGCAAGUCGAAUUGAUUGUUUUAGUGCGAGUUCAAUCUGCGAUUCCUCCUCAACCUGCCCAAGGCACCAUAAACAUAUCGUGUUCGGUGGAAAUCGAUUGCGGACGAGUUACCGAUUGUCCGGAGGCAUUAUUUCAGUGGACAUUCGAUAACCGUUCCUUUCGUGAACAAACUUAUCAAUCUGCAAGAGGAAGACAACUCUUACAGAAAGUGGAUAUCCAGAUCUCAACACGAACGAAAGCUGACCAACCACAAAGGGUAGCGUGUUAUUCGCUCUAUGGUGAAGAUAGUAUAGAUCUACCAUAUCGUCCAUUCUUACCAGCUCCAUUGGCGUUGAAAGUCGAACAAGACCAACAGACAGUUCGCUUGAUGUGGAGACGAUCCAUCAACGCCCACAGGGACACAAGAAAUCAUGCUGUCAGUGGAGAGGUGAGAAAUGAAGAGGAGAAGACACUACUCCUUUACCGCCUCGGAACAGCAGAACUUCAGACGGAUUUUGUUGGUGGAUAUCUGGUGGAAUUACGAACGAAAGAAGAUCGUCAAUGGCGAGCAGUUCCUCGUCGAGUAGUGGCGGAAAGCGAAUCACACAGCAUCACACUCAACGACCUUGUCCCCAACACUCUAUACCAGUUCCGUGUGCGAACAGUUGAUGCAUUUACGAUGGGAGAACCAUCAUCACCGUCGCCAUGGGUCAAGACCCCACCGGCUGCUCCUUCGGAGACAAUCGACGGUCUUCGAUGGAGAUCACUCGACAACAGCACAAUAUUUGUCGAGUGGAACCCGGUGGAGGCGGUUGGAGCCCACUUUCAAAUUACAAAUAGAAUAUUACAUGUACAUCACUCUGGUGAUCAUCUACGGUAUCGCCUGUCGUGGUCAGUCGACGACGCUUAUCUGACUGACGAUCCUGAAAAUAAUGGACGGAAAUUUUUUCUGAACAACUCCAAAGAAUGUCGCAUGUUGGUGUUCUCCGUUAGACCGAUAAAUGACCAAGGUGCCGGAUUGAUCAGCACCGACACGUGUUUUAAUUUUAUGAAAGGACAUAUGAGGAAAAAAUUGUUCUGCGCCAAAUUUUCAACGUUACAGCUCUCUUGUUCAUCACCUGAUCACGAGACUCAACUUGUCACCGUCUCGGGCGAGUUUUCCGAUUGGAUUCUGGGUGGCCUUGAUGCGAACACCAAGUAUGAGUGUCUGCUGAAGCCAAUGGAUAAUGAGGGAAAGUAUGGUGCUACCAGUAAAGUUCUAGAGAUUAUCACAAAGCAAAAACCACCAUCGGAAGCGCCUAUUAUCAAUAAGCUCUCACUUAAAACAGUGAUUUUUGUAUACGUUUCGGAAACUGCUUCUGAAGCAGUAAAACUGACGAUGCCUGUCUCAAAGCUACCGAAUCCCGAUCGACCAAGCGCUCGACUGGACGGUCUUAGGCUUAUUGGAGACGAAAAGUCUGCGAUAUGGAAUGACCUUCGAGAAGACGAACUGGAAGCUCGACUAGAGAAACUAAACAAGAUCCUUGGAAAAAUUAAGGUGAAGCGUCAGUUUUAUUAG